UCAUAUUAUACAUGCAAAGGGAAAGAUAAAGGAAAGAGAAGGAUUUAUUCCAAUAUAAUAUUUGAGCAGGAGGAAAGAAGAAAAGGAAAAGAUGCGAUCCCCAUACCCUUUGCCGCCUUUCACUUGCAUAUAUUCCUGUACCAUGAAGCACAUAUGUUCUUAGUCAGAUGAAGGGCUAAACAAUCUCCUACGACCAGCGGGGCUGGUAUUAUAUACCCAACCGUGGACAAAUUCUUGAUUGGAAGGGAAUGUUGGGGCAACGGUCCUAUGAUCUAUGAAUGGGCUGAAUCCAUCUGCUGAAGAAUCCAUGUUCAGAUCGGAAAAAUAGAAUGGGGUAGCGAAGCAGAACACUGGCCAUUUUAUUCGGGGGUUGUUGUCCUCUGUUGUGGUUGUUUUCUUUAUUUUGUAGAACUUGUGCUUUUAAUCACACAUUCUUGCAAUGGAGCCUCUUGUGGGAGAGAAGUACAGAUUGGGGCGCAAAAUUGGCAGCGGUUCGUUUGGAGAAAUCUAUCUUGGAGUCAAUAUUCAGACUAACGAAGAAGUGGCAAUCAAACUGGAAAGUGUCAGAACUAAGCAUCCACAAUUGCUUUAUGAAUCCAAAUUGUACAAGAUUUUCCAAGGAGGAACUGGAGUUCCCAAUAUAAGAUGGUCUGGUGUUGAAGGUGACUACAAUGCAAUGGUCAUAGAUAUACUUGGACCAAGUCUUGAGGAUUUGUUUAAUUAUUGCAAUCGGAAGUUUACAUUGAAGACUGUUCUGAUGCUUGCUGAACAGCUGAUCACCAGAGUUGAAUUUGUGCAUUCAAAAAGUUUUCUUCACCGGGAUAUCAAGCCUGACAAUUUUCUUAUGGGGCUUGGUCGGAGAGCAAAUCAGGUAUAUAUUAUAGACUUUGGGUUGGCCAAAAAGUAUCGAGAUCCAACUUCCCACAGGCAUAUUCCUUAUAGGGAAAACAAAAAUCUUACAGGAACUGCUCGAUAUGCUAGUAUCAAUACACAUCUUGGAGUAGAGCAAAGCAGGAGAGAUGAUCUUGAAUCUUUGGGCUAUGUGCUAAUGUACUUCCUAAGAGGAAGCCUUCCAUGGCAGGGUUUAAGAGCAGGGACUAAAAAGCAAAAAUAUGACAAAAUAAGUGAAAAGAAAGUCACCACUUCAAUUGAGGUCCUGUGUCGUUCAUAUCCACCAGAGUUUGCAUCAUUUUUCCAUUACUGCCGUUCAUUGCGCUUUGAAGAUAAGCCUGAUUAUGCAUACUUGAAGAGGAUGUUUCGGGACUUGUUCGUGCGAGAAAGUUUUAAGUUUGACUCUGUUUUUGACUGGACCAUCUUGAAGUAUCAGCAAACUCAAAUUGCUAGUAGUCCUCGGCCAACAGGAAUUCGACCUAUAUUUGCACCUGGAAAAUCAGGAACAGCAGCUGGUCCUACAGAAAGGAUUUCAGCUGCCCAAGAAAAUCAUGUAACAAAUUCUCGGGCAUUGGAAGGACACAAUCGAAAGGUUAAUGGAGCUAAUGCUACACUUUUAAGUCGGUCUGGCAAUCAAUCUAAAUACAAAAGUUCUGGACAGGAUGGUCCUUCAACAUCUAAUAGAAUGGGGAUAGAAACUGACAUGGGACAUUCCUCCUUUACGCGAGCUGGAAGUUCAAGGAGAUCAGCUCUUUCAAGCAGGCCAAAUACUGCAGCAGAGACUGGUGAACAUUCUCGCUCAUUAGCUAAUUAUCUCUCUCCAAAUAUUCGCUCCACAGGGGCAACUGCUGACACCAGAAGAUCUACAAUGUCUAGAAAUCCAUCAACUAGAAGCCAACAAGAAAAUUCUCUAAGGAGUUUUCAGCUUCUUUCCAUAGAUCCACAGCACAGGAGAUGAUCUGAUUUGUACUGUGUAAUUUGUAGCUGGGUGGCCAUGGGCAAAGAGGCUAUGCAGAUUUGGAGUAUGGUUCUUUGAUUAAUUCUGCUUUCUAAAUGCUUUUAUGUGCUAGCCUUUUGAGGGUUGGGUUUCUUGGAAUGUGCAGGCAUGAGUCUGUAAGUUGCAGGUAAAUAUCAAAUUAGUGUUUGUAACUACACUUCAUUUCUGAGAAGUUGUGGUUCAAAAUGCAGCUAUUCAUUUAUUUCUUGAUGAAACAUUGAAGGGUAUAGUCAAUUUAUAUGGGCUGGAGUGAAAUUUUUGGAAGCUCAUCUAAUUGACCCUACCAGAUUUGGUUGUUAAUCUCUACGAUCAGCAUUGAAAAAGUUAUUUCAACCACUUAAUAGUGUUGGAAAGCUAUGAUCUAUUGUUUACUACCAUAUGUAGUUUGUUUAGGGAUUGGGGUUAUGUUCAAGAGGUUUGGAGGGAUAGGAUCAUCUAUUCGGUAAAACAGAAAGAACAUAAUGUUCUCUUAACAUUCUAUGAGUGUUUGCUCACUUGGCAUACUGUAAGAACGAUUUCUCAACAUAAUGUUUUUUUUCUUUUUACCAUUGUUGUCAGAGAUUUGAGGUACAAUAACUAGUAAUAUGACGAUUAUUGAUUAUAUUCUUUUAUUGAUGUACCGACAAGAAGUAAAAUAUUUAAUUAAUGGAAAUACUUAUUCAUUUCUUUUGAUCA